CUUCGGGUAAUGAGUGCGAAAGGGCACUCCAACGAGAUGGCAGAAAACCAAGAGGUCUCUCCACUUGAGAAGAAGGUAGCCGAGCAGAUUGAGUAUUACUUUGGCGACCACAAUCUGCCUCGUGACAAGUUUCUGAAGGAGCAGUUACAGUUAGAUGAUGGCUGGGUCCCCUUAGAAACGAUGCUCAAGUUCAACAGGCUUAAAAUGUUAACAUCAGACUGCAGCGUCAUCGUUGAGGCUCUGCGCAAAUCCAGAACAGGCCUACUGGAGGUCAGCGAGGACAAAACGAAAAUCCGUCGCUGUCCAAGCAAACCGCUCCCGGAGUUUAAUGAGGAAUACAGAGACGCCCUCAAACAUAAAUCAGUCUACAUGAAAGGUUUUCCCCUGGAGACGACCCUGGACGACAUUAAAGACUGGCUGAGUGACAAAGGCAUGGUGGAGAAUAUUCACAUGAGGAAAGGCCCUCAGAAGACGUUCAAAGGCUCUGUGUUCUUGGUGCUGGAAACCGAGGAUGCGGCCAAAGCGUUUGUGGCGCGUGAGGACGUGAAACAGUUCAAAGGAAAUGACAUGAUCGUAAUGAUGAAGGAUGACUACUUCACCAAGAAAUUCGCUGAGAAGAAACAGAGUCGAGCUGAAGCCAAGGCCAAAGCCAGGAGUGAAAAAGAGGAGAAGCAGAAACAGGCAGAGGAGGAAGAAAUGAAAUCGCUGGACGACCAGAGAGGCUGUCUGCUGCGUUUCUCGGGCAACCUGGGCGAUCAGACAUCCAGGGAAGAUUUCCACGAACUGUUCGCCGAACACGCACAGAUCAAAUGGAUCGACUUCACCAGAGGCGCCAAAGAGGGCACCAUCCUGUUCACCUCAAGUGCUAAGGAGGCGCUGGAGAAGGCUAGACAGGCGCAAGGAGGUGCUGAACCCAAGAUUAAAGAAAAGGAGGUGAAAUGGGAGGUGCUGGAAGGAGACGCGGAGAUGGAGACGCUGAAAAAGAUCAUCAUGGACCAGCAGGAGUCUCUGAACAAACGCAAAGGCAAAGGAGGUCACAGGGGUAAAGGGCGAGGUCGCGGUGGCCGUCGGGACCGAGGGGGGCGAGACCAGCCCCAGUUCCAGGGCAAGAAAACCAAAUUCGACAGCGACGACGAAGAGCCAGCUAGUCCCAAAAAGAGAAGCCUGGAAGCCAACGGAAAUGACACGCAAGCGCCGGCUGCCAAACAAGCCAAGACUGAGAACGGCUCAUAA